AUGAGCAACAUCAAGUCGCGGCUGCACAAGGUCCGUUCCAAGCUGCUCAGGAGAGGAAGCUCAGCGUCGACGGCGACGCGCUCCUUGACAUCCUCUGCGGGCAGCGAGAGGCAUCCACAAGCCCUGGUGGCCAGCUCGCUACGCAAGAGCGUCUCGUUGCAGAAGCUGGCCGAGGCGGGCGCGCCCGAAGCCGCCGAGAAUACAGCAACUAACGGGCAUACACCCACCAGCACUGCCGACGAGCCUCUUGUAUGCCCAGAGUUGACUUUGGAGGAGCCUACGCCUGUUCCCGCUGUUCUCGAAUAUAGCAACCCUCAGCAACAGACGUCGUCGCUCUCGCUGUUGGCUCCAGGAAGCGACACGAUCGACGCAUCUGCUACGCCUUCGGAAUCGACAUCCACAUCCCCAUCACCACUGCCACUGCCACUGCCACUACCAUCACCUUCGAUUUCGCCUGCGCCUGCGUUGCCACCUGCUCUGCUGAGUCCGACUGUCCAGCCCAGCGCCCAAAUGUUGCACCGUAAGAUUUGGGUCAAGCGGCCCAAUGCCUCGGCCACGCUCGUGCAGAUCCGUGAGGACGACCUUGUCGACGAUGUGCGUGAGAUGAUUCUCCGAAAGUAUGCAAACUCCCUGGGCCGGAGCUUCGACUCGCCCGACGUCACUCUGCGCAUUGUGCCGCGCGACGCGCAACGUGGAGGGGAGCGCACCCUGGGGCCUGAGGAGGACAUGUGCAGGACACUCGACCUCUACUUCCCUGGUGGUCAGACUGUCACAGAGGCUCUUAUCAUCGACGUGCCCCAACGAAGGACGCCAAAACCAUCACCGCGCGUCCCAAUGUACUAUGCGCACCACGAGGAUGGCUUACAUCAACAGACGGAAUACUUUCCACCCAUGCCUGUUAUCGCGCCCUCCCCAGCUACCCUGGGCUCAAGCCAGCAGCACGACGCCCGCAUGCCCCUCCCCCACGCUUCGCACUCUAUCGCUGUGCUCAACACCGGACAGCUGCCUGCCCUGCCUUCACCUGGAGGCACAAGACGGGGACCACUCCAUGCACAUCGGCCGAAAUACCCUAGGACCCAUACUGCCUCGCCCACUACCCUCGGCGGCGGCAUUCCCUCCUCCGCCACGUCCGCCCGUCCCCCUAACCGUCCGCGCCAUGACUCCACGGCAUCUGACGCGAAGAACUCGGCUGCCUCGAAUAACCCGAUACCCACACCUCCCGCCACUGCCGACCUCAUCACACACCAGCCAGCCCUCCAUGAGUCAACUCCGCCGACCCCGCGUAUCUCGUCGCCUCAGCCGAAGAAGAAGCGCAAGAAGGCUCCACUCGACGCACCCAGCUUGCCUGCUGGAUUGCUCGAUGGGUCAGUACCACCUAUCAACGUGCUCAUUGUGGAGGACAACAUUAUCAACCUGCGAGUUUUGGGGGCUUUUAUGCAGCGUCUCAAAGUCCGCUGGCAGCGUGCAAUGAACGGAAAGGAGGCCGUGACGAAGUGGAAGGCUGGUGGUUUCCACUUGGUACUCAUGGACAUUCAGCUGCCCGUCAUGAACGGUCUCGAGGCAACAAAGGAAAUUAGGAGAUUGGAGCGUGUCAACAGUAUCGGCGUCUUCAGCAGUGGGAGCAGCGAAGCGCCAAACAACAGACUCGGCCAGGAUGCCAAGGGGAAAGACGAGCUAGUUGCGGACGACCGGCUUGGUGACAAGGGUAUGUUCAAGAGCCCUGUCAUUAUUGUCGCCCUCACUGCCAGUUCGCUGCAAAGUGAUAGGCAUGAGGCGUUGGCGGCUGGCUGCAACGAUUUCUUGACAAAGCCCGUCAACUUCGUCUGGCUCGAGCGCAAAGUCAAAGAAUGGGGAUGCAUGCAAGCCCUGAUCGAUUUCGACGGCUGGCGCAAGUGGAAAGAUUUCGCCGACAAGUCUGAGAACAAUGAUACCACAUCGAAGCUUUCCGGCAGCUAUGCGAGCAUCGCCCCAAACAAGAAGCCCGUCACCCCAAGUCCAACACUUUCGGCCGCUCCACCGGAUACAAAUGGUACGAGCAAGGAUGCGGAAGCUGAAAGGAAAAGUAAGCGCAAGAGUCUCGUCCCGCCUCCGAUGCUGCAGGAAGAGGCCGAGACACCGCCAGUUGAAAGCGGAAGCGGAGAUGAGUAA